CAAGCGUCCAGGCCCAGGGGCCCCGCAUAGCAGGUUCUCCCCAUGACACCACCUGGACGACUCUACCUCCUGCGGGUGUGCAGCGCCCCCCUCCUCCUCCUUCUGGGGCUGCUGCUGGCCCUGCCGCCUGAGGCCCAGGGGCUUCCUGGGGCCAGCAUCUCAUCCUCAGCUGCCCGGACUGCCUACCACAACCCUCAGAAGCACUUGGCGCCAAGCACCCUCAAACCUGCUGCUCAUCUUAUUGGAGACCCCAGCACCCAGAACUCACUGCGCUGGAGAGCCAACACGGAUCGUGCCUUCCUCCGCCAUGGCUUCUCUUUGAGCAACAAUUCCCUCCUGGUCCCCACCAGUGGCCUCUACUUUGUCUACUCCCAGGUGGUCUUCUCUGGGGAAGGCUGCUUCCCCAAGGCCACCCCCACUCCUCUUUACCUGGCCCAUGAGGUCCAGCUCUUCUCCUCCCAGUACCCUUUCCAUGUGCCUCUCCUCAGCGCUCAGAAGUCCGUGUGCCCAGGGCCACAGGGACCUUGGGUGCGCUCUGUGUACCAGGGAGCUGUGUUCCUGCUCACCCAGGGAGAUCAGCUCUCCACUCACACAGAUGGCGUCUCCCACCUACUCCUCAGCCCUAGUAGUGUCUUCUUUGGGGCCUUUGCUCUGUAGAAAAAUCCAGAAAGAAAAAUAAUUGGUUUCAAGACCUUCUCCCCAUUUUACCUCCAUUCCAACUACUUCAAGGGUCACCAUGCCUCUCUUUUGACCCUUCCAAUAGCCUCAAGUCUCCCCUGCUCAUGUUACCUAGAGCUUCCAAAGAAGGAAUUCUAGGCACCCUAGGGAUCAUACCUCCCUUCUGCAAACCCCAGCGCUAGGCUGAGGAUUUCAAGUCUGCCUAGAAAUUCCUGCCCAGGGCUCUUCAUCUGUCCUGCCAGUCGAAGGAAGACCUAGCCCUGGACAUGGAGGGGGCAGACACCGGGAGAAGCCGGGAGGAUGACAGGAGGCAGGGGAGGAGAGAUUAUUUAUGAAGGGAAAAAAUUAAAUUAUUUAUUUAUGGAGGAUAGAGGGGAGGGAAUAAUAGUGGGCCACCAGAAGAGAGAGAGAGAAAUAGCUCGAGAGAUGAAGAGCGAGAGAACAUCGGCGUAAGGAUAAUCCAGUGAAAGAGAAGACAAGCGGGCCUGAGAUACCAGGGAGCUCUAGAGGGAAGCAAAAGACUCUUCAGAUAGUCACUGAUUGA